UUCACGACUGAACAUCUCAUCCGCAUGCCUUAUUUGAUUUGUACUUACUAUUAUUGCACGUUCUACAGGUUUCAAUCUCAUCUCGGAGUUCCCGGCUGGAUUCCUUAGCGACUCGGAGAACUUUCAACAAUUUCUUUGCUACUACUGUUCCUUCGGACCAACAUUGUUGGCCAAUUCUUUGGAAUUCCACAGUGCAACCAUCCAGUUUAUAGAAUUAGAAGGCAAUUCCAUCUCAACUCUUGAGGUGGAUGCAAUCACAGGUUUCCAGUCAGACACAGUAAUAAAUUUCGAUUUCAAUGACAUUCGGGAAUUGACGGAGGAAUCCUUCCGCCCCUUGCUGGAGGUGCUAUCACAGGGAGAUGGACACAUCUUUUUGAUAGGUAACCCCGUCCUGUGCGAUUGCAGUAUGGCCUGGGUGGUGCUGAAUCCCGACUUCCUGGCAGAUGUGAAUGGUCACUGCACCGAUGGAACUGAUUUUCAAGACCUGGAUCCGAGCAUUUUUCAGGACUUCUGCAUUAGGAGAGAUCCUCCUACGGCAGGAGACUAUUCCACUUGGAUCAAUUCCGGAAUUCCAACAAUAAAUGGACCUUGAGUCCCAGAAAUCCAAAAUGGGC